AUGGUUGACACAAUGAGUGUUCUUCUGGAAGGGAAGUUCAGCUGCUUGGUUGAGUCUUUUGCCGUGGUGGACUGCUGUUACCCAUAUGAGUAUCAGGGAGGACACAUUAUGGGUGCUCUGAGCCUGCCCAACACAGACGAGGCCAUGGAUAGCAUACUGUCCCAGAGGCUAAAAGCCCACACAUUUGAUAAGAGGCUUGUGUUGGAGCUGCACUGUGAAUUCUCCUCCGAAAGAGCACCCAGAACUUGUCGCCUCCUGCGCAGUGUGGACCAUAGCAUGAACGAAUACCCAGCCCUGCACUAUCCUCAAGGGUGGCUACAGAGACUUCUCUCACCAGGUAGUGUGCUGGCUGGCUCCAUAGACUGUCUGGAGGCGGAACGAGGCUGUGUACAGGAUGAGGGCUGUAUGGGGGUGUACAGGGUGCUGGAGUACUGUGCUGCUGAGGAGGCUGUGUCGCCCCUGGGCCCAGACGCCCGACGUGAGUGCCUGGAGGCCCAGAGCGCCCUGCAGCACUACCACCCCCUCCAGGCCUGCAAGUGUCAGCGCGGCUCCCGCCGGGAGGAGCUCUGCCUCAGGGUCUACUGGACUGUCAGAUUCGCUGGUGGGUUUGACUGUAACGAGGUGUCUCCGUAUGAGGAUCUGGAGGUGGAGUUUGUGAGGCACAUAGAGAUGACACGUAUGGCCUCCAUCAUGGCAGCUUCCUCUCUGCCUCUGGAUGGGCAGAACCAGUGUCUGAAGGCAGCCCAGGACUGUGGUCUGUAUGAGAAGUGUGGUUCUCUGAGGUCGGAGUAUGUUGUGGCAUGCACCAAGCGGCCACCGGGCUCCGACGGCAGCUGUAACAGACAGAAGUGCCACCGAGCGCUGCGGCGCUUCCUGGAGCGGGUACCAGAGGAGUACAGCUUUGCCCUGCUCUUCUGCCCCUGCUCCGAUGCCCUCUGUGGGGAGCGCCGGCGGAAGACCAUCGUACCGUCGUGUUCCUAUGAGGAGAGAGACGGCAAGCCCAACUGCCUCAGCCUGCAGGGCUACUGUGCCAGGGACAAGCUGUGUAGAUCUCGGCUGGCUGAUUUCCAGCACAACUGCCAGCCCUCGUCCCAUUCUCCCUCUGGCUGUAUGAGAGAGAGUGGAGCCGUCUGCCUUAAGGCCUACGCUGGACUCAUAGGCACCAUCAUGACCCCCAACUACGUGAACAAUAUCAGUAUGGACGUGUCCCAGUGGUGCAGCUGUGAGGGCAGUGGGAACCAGUGGCAGGACUGUCUGCGCAUCCUGCACAUGUUUGACAGCAACGUCUGUCUGCGUAAUGCUAUCAGUUAUUUGGGUGGCUCUUCCCCUCGCCCUGUGCAGAGCACGACUCUGCCACCUCGUCGCCACGCGUCUGCCACUCCCUCCCCCCGCAUCUUUCAGGACAAGAUCAAUGUCAACGUUUUAUCAGAACGCAACAGUGUGAAAGACACUGAAGAGGAAGAAGAGGAGGAAAGUCAGGAAUUCAACGUUAUCCCUCAAUAUUCUGAGAAGGAGAAGUCUAGUGUGGGCUCCGGGGCCCGAGGGGGCCAUAGAGGAGCGGCAGGCCAAACAGUACCCAUGCUGCCUCUGCUGCUGCCCGCUGCCAUGCUGGGCUGGGGGUGUCAGGGUUAA